GUGCCGGCUGAUUGUGUCGUGGCAUACCAAAUUAUAUUUUCAAACACAUUGUCAGGUGUCAAGUAAGUCGAUUAGUUCGUAGUUGACCGGUGUUGAUUUUAUUCCACAUUGCUCCAGUUCGCCAGGAAGCCCAUCGAGCGAUUAGGAGUCGGACUUAUAAGACCAGUCGAGCUGACGGAUCGGCAAAGUGGUUUCAAAAAAUGGCCAAGAUUAACCGACAGCUCCUGAUCCUCUUCAUCGGACUAUCGGUGUCCUCCGCCGAGCAGCGAAGGCUGCUCUCGCCUCCGAUGGACGAUCGGUCUCCUGAGGAGCGAUCGGAGCUACUUCAUUACUUCGGUUGGGCCGACUACACCGUCCUUGCCGCCAUGUUGAUCGUCUCCUGCGGCAUCGGGCUGUUCUACGGCUUUUUCACAAAGAAACAAGAGAGCAGCGAGGACUUCUUGCUUGGUGGCUCCAGCAUGGGAACCUUCCCCAUGGCCAUGUCUCUGGCCGCUAGUUUCAUCACUGCUAUUGAACUCCUUGGAAAUCCUGCCGAGAUGUAUAGUCAGGGAACCGAAUUCUGGAUGACUUCGGUCGCCUUCGUGCUGGUCAUUCCCAUCACCUCGCAGCUUUACCUUCCAGUCUACAUGAAGCUGAGGCUGACUUCAAGUUACGAAUAUUUGAAUUUAAGGUUCAAUCGGCACUGUAGACUGCUGGCUAGUCUUUUGUACAUGGUGCAAAUGGUGCUGUACACUUCGGUUGCUGUUUAUGCACCUGCGUUAGCCUUAAGCGGCGUCACGGGACUCAACACCUACAUCGCCGUCACCGUGGUUUACGUUGUCUGCAUCUUUUACGCAUCUCAGGGCGGUAUGAAAGCAGUGAUAAUGACGGACACCUUCCAAGCCGGAGUUCUUCUUGGUUCCAUAUUUUUGAUCCUUGGUUGCGGGAUGACCUGGGCUGGAGGAAGCGCGGUGAUAUGGAAGGACAGCGAGCGAACGGGUCGGCUGGAGUUCUUCAACAUGGAUCCAUCACCGACGGUUCGUCACAGUUUCUGGAGCGUCGUUGUCGGUGGGACGUUUUACUGGGCGACAAUGUUCUGCAGCAACCAGGCUUCGGUCCAGAAGUACCUCAGCGUCGAGACGAUCGGCCAGGCGCGAACGGCACUCUGGGUCAGCUCAGCUGGUCUGAUUUUAAUCUAUACAGUAAACUUUUUAACCGGAAUGACGUUGUACAGCGUGUACAAGCUCUGCGACCCGCUACAAGCCGGCUACAUAACAGCCAGCGAUCAGCUCCUUCCGUUCUACGUAAUGAACUUCAUGGGAGAGCUUAAGGGUGUCCCCGGGUUCUUCGUAGCUGGAAUAUUCGCGGCCUCUUUAGGGACCGUAGCCAGUGCGCUAAAUUCUCUAGCCGCAAUCACGUGCGAAGACAUUUUUCAAGGCUUGUUCAGAAUCAAUUUACCACCUAAUCGUGGGGCCGUUUACGCCCGCUGGAUCAGCGUCUUCUUCGGCGGUGUCAGCUUCGCUCUGGUCUUCGUCGUCGAGAGGCUUGGCGGUGUUUUGGAGGUGGCCUUGUCCUUCAACGGAAUGGUGGGUGGUGUGACGCUGGGUCUCUUCUCCCUGGGGAUGUUUGUGCCCUGGGCAAACGCGAAGGGCGCGAUGACCGGGGCUCUGACGGGACUGGCUCUGGUGUUAUGGGUUGGUUUGGGGGCGCAAAUCGCGUCUUUAAAUGGGCAGGUACACAUCGAUUCGAAGCCAGUGUCAACGGCCAACUGUCCAUCUGUGGUCAACAAAACGACUCCUAGCUUCCUCCGAGACAGCGGCAACAAGGAUGAUGAUGAUGAUGAAGUCUUCGUUCUGUACAGAGUGAGCUACUUGUGGUACAGCAUGAUCGGCUGUCUGACCACUAUCGUGGUUGGAGUGUUGGUCAGCUUCGCUACGGGGCCACAAAAUCCCGAGGAGUUGGAUGACGACUUGCUGAGCCCGCCGGUGCGGAGGCUGGUCAACAGAAAGUCUGGAAAAUCGCGAAAAAAAAAUUUAGAGGGAAUAUCGAACUUCGGACUGGACAUGGAGGACGAGAAGAUCAGUGCAAAGUGAGGUUCAAAGUAACGAAUAAGUUAAAGUCGGCUUGUGCUCAUCGACUCGAUUACAUUUACAAUUGCCACAGCGUUCACGCACAGUCACUUUUGCCUACCGGUGAAACUGCGGAAGUCGUCUUUCCGCACGGAAUGAUGGCUGCUGGACCGGGGCCGGAAAGUGCCCAUAAAUCGAAUCGGCAAUCGCGAUAGGGAAUAUGUACAUAUAUAUAUACAUAUACACGUGCUAUAUUAAUUUUUAAUCAACACUAGAUAGUUUUAUAUAUAUACAUAUAUAUCGCGGAUUACCUUUCCCGAAAUUUGUGAAAUUUCUUUAAAUUACAUUAAACUCGUUUGUGUUUUAAGCACGAAUAGUCCCGCUGUCGCUUUGCCGCUGCAGAUGCUCGGUCCUUGCAGAGAUACAAGUAUUACUUAAUUUUACACGCACAUGCAUACCUACUCGCAGGCGCUGGUCUCCGUUCAAGGGAUACAGUAAAUAGUAAAUACCUAGAAUGGAAUAACGAUAACCGUAUAAUGUUAAGAGUGAGAAUAUUUUUGCUAUUCAAACGGAUGCUGCGAGAAUACGUACUUAUUUAUUGUACAUAUGUGCUAUUCAUAUACUUGUUAUACACGUAGAGAAUCUUCACAUUAAAUGUAAAUGUUAACA